AUGGCACCGUCUUUCACUUCUCGUCCUCGCUCUGGCGACUCUCGUCCCGUCAGUCGCGACGAAGAAAACCUCAUCAUCCCUAACCGCACGUCUUCGUUGCACUCCCGCAUCGCGCAGCCCAUGCCCGGAGCGAUGAAUCAACCGAAGCCAGGACAGCGUGCGCCGAAGACCUUGACUCAUGCCUAUAUGGUAUGCGGUGUUGGUCGCGAACCAUCGCAAUGGGUCAAGGCCCCUGUGCCGCCGCAAGGCAAGAUUGGGCAUAUGAAGGGUGCUGUUGGACAGUUCUGGUUGCCGGAGAUUCUCGGCAGCAGCCCAAGACUUGAACAAGACAACGAGAUCGCGAGAUCGUUGCAUUCUGCCAUGAGGGCGUGUUUCCCUCACGACGUCGAAAUCUGCACCGGCAGCAGCCAACCACAUUGCGUCCACCAUGCAUUCGUCCUCCAGCAAGACUCCUCGCAUACACUUUAUGGCAUUGCUCUCCGCGUCUGGUCUCGCGCCGAUGAGAAGCGAGCUGAUACGAUCCGUGAUCUGCGCAAACGCACCGAGCCAGACUACUACGAUACGCCUGGCGAGACAUACUGGAUCCCGUACUGCCUGAGCUUCCUGUCGCGUUAUCCUCUAUACAACCUGCUCGGCGAUUAUCUGCGUGGUAUGUGGAUCCACUGGAACAAGGCUACGAACCUAUUCCACGCGGAAGAAGUGUCGCGCAUUCUGAGCUUCCCGGCUCCAAGACUGAAUGACUUGGUGCGCAUCGAUAUGAAGGACUACGCGCUAUGCUACCAGUUCCCAUCGUCCCCAACUGGCUUCCAGAACUUCGCCAUGUGGCCUCUGUUCUGCUGCUUGUCGAUCCCCAACAUCGUAGGUGUGCUAGAGGCCGCCGUGUCUCCAACACGCCGGCUGAUUUUAAUAUCACACUACCCGGCCAUGCUCACAGUCGCCGCCGAGACCGUGCGCUACAUGGUUCGUGUGUACGAAUGGAGUGGGCUGUACGUCCCAGUUGUGCACGCACGCCAUGUCAAGGAGCUUGUCCAGGAGCCUGGCCCCUACAUUAUUGGCGUGACUGCGGAGUGUAGAACACUUUUCACGGCGCCGUCUGAUGCACUCGUUGUCGAUCUGGACCGCAACUUCGUGCUUACAUCCAGCCCACCCACGGCAUGGUCUGCCAAGCAACGUCAGAAGCUCAUCAGCCGUAUGACCGACUCGCUCAACGGCGAUGUUUCCCCAUCUGGCGUUCCACAACAUCUCCGCUCUGCUUACGGGGGCGGCAAGCUCAUUCCAGCUGGCCAAAUCAUCGUCAUGCGUGGUGAGGUUGAGAGUGUCCAAGAUCCUGGUUGGUGGAAUCAGGAAGCCAUGAUGAAGGUCAUGGACCACGCCUGCGAGAAGUUGGGUAAAAAUACAGGCGUCAAAGCCGUUUUUGGCGGGGCUCAGAAGAAGCCUCUCAUGACCAAGGUAUCGAUGCGUCACCUCAAUGAGAUUGUGCGCGAGCGAAACCAGUACUCUCGCGAUGCUAUGGAGGCGUGGCAGGAUUUCAUCAACCUCAAGGGCCGUAUGGACACCGAGCUCACCAAGGUUUCGAAGCGCAACAACUUCUUGGUCGAAGAGCUUGAAAGCUGGAAGCAGCAAUUCUUGAAGUUCCAGGCAUUUGCUGAGCAGCUGACCAAGGAGACCAACGAGCUGAAAAUCAAGAUCGAAGGCCACAAGCGCGAGAACCGUAGACUCACGAGCCUGAUCGACCAACAGAAGGACGAUUCUGCCAGGCUUACUGUCCGUCUUGGUGGUACCGAGAAGCAAAGAGAUGAUGCUCUUGAGGCGCUUGUACUGCAGCAGGAUAUUGCAGAAGAGCUGGAGAGGGAGCGUAAGAGGAACAAAAAGGAUCUGGGUGCUCUGCAGCACACGAACACUACGCUCUUGCGACAACGCGAUGAGGCACAACGCGUGGUGCUGCAUCUCCGCGCGCUUAUCGAUGGCCAGGCACACCACAUGGAGCACAUUGUGAAGACGCUCAACGACUCUCCCAAUGGCGCAGUGUUCGCAGAAGGUGAAGAGGAUGCGCCAGUCGAGUCAACGGCCGUCCCCGAGAAGGCUGAGAAGGACAAAUCAGAGGUUGGGACAAUCCGUGGCGUCGGUGGCAUUGAGUCUGCUGCCUCCUCCCGUUCAAGCACAAGGCAGUCAAGCCGUCUCGACGAACGCGCAUCCACUGCCAUGGAGACCAGACUUCUCAGCAGUGCUGCUCGCAAGCGCUUCUCCGAGAUGAGCAUGACCGAUGUCGCUGAUCGUCACCUCCGUGACAAGACUGAUGCCAUUGCGUACAUCAUCCGCAACAUCUCCGAGCAGUGCGCCGCUGCCGUGGAAGGCCUUGACCUGGCUCGUCGUGCUGACAGCGUCAGCACAGAGGGUGCUGAGGACGAGCGAUCAGAGUCUGGCCGCAAGAGGCGUGGCAAGCGUGCCAUGCGGAGCUCAUUGGCCCCACAGUCCGAGGACGGUGAAGCCGAGCAGCAGUCGAACGGAUCUGAGUCCGAGUACGGUGAUGCGCAAAGUGAGAGCACUGGCUACCUUCACCCCAGCAAGCGCGGCUCGCAUGUCCCUCCUACACCAGAUCUCGUGCAUGAUAGAAGCUCUACCAGCAUGAGUGUUGGCAGUGAGAGCACAGCGGCGACCCCUCAGCGCCAUAGCCUGCAAACGCAUUACAAAAGCCAGGAAGACAUCCCAGAGAUGCCCACUCGCAUUGCCGAAGACGAUGCCAGCCAGCCAGACGAGCUUCAGGAACCAGUCACCAAGUUCAGCCCACACGGCCUCGAGCACCGCCGCAGCAACCAGCCGCUUCGUAAUGUCUAG